AUGAAGUUUAUCUUCCUGUGGGCUCUCUUGAACCUGCCUGUUGCUUUGACCUUCGAUCCAGAUUACAAAGAUGCCAUCACUCCCCCAUACAUGGUCUACUUGAAAUCUGAUUACUUGCCUUGUGUUGGAGUCCUGAUCCACCCCCUUUGGGUGAUCACAGCUGCACACUGUAACUUAUUGAAGCUUCACUUAAUCCUGGGGGUUACAAAACCAUCAAAUCUAAGAGAAGAAAAACAUGUACAAGUGGUUGGCUAUGAGAAGAUGAUUCAUCACCCACAAUUCUCCAUCACUUCUAUGGAGCAUAAUCUCAUGUUAAUCAAGUUGCAAACCCAUAUUGAACUCAAUGACUAUGUGAAAGUGGCCACCCUGCCCAAAGAGCCUGUCCCUGAAGACACCAUGUGCACUGUCUCCACCUGGGCCUACAACGUGUGUGAUCUCUACAGGGACCCCGACUCACUGCAGAGUGUGAAUAUCUCUGUAAUCUCCAAAACUGAGUGCCUCAAAGCCUAUAAAACCUACUACAUCAGAGAUAGUAUGAUGUGCUUGGGCAUUGUGCCAGGAAGGAGGCUGCCCUGCAAGGAAGUCACAGCUGCCCCUGCCAUGUGUGAUGGGGUACUUCAAGGAAUCCUGACUUUUGCAGACGGAUGUGUUUUGAGAGCUGAUGUUGGCAUCUAUACCAGAAUCAUUAACUACAUACCCUGGAUUGAAAAUACCAUCCGGAAGAACUGAGCUCUCAUGACAGGAAUUCUAGACCAUAUGACACCAUCUGUCCCCAAGUCCAGCCUCAGAAUUAAA